CACUCACCUGAACUUCAGGAGAUUCUGGGAGAAGCUCAGAGGGAGAUUUUAGGCUGUCCCCAAAGCCAGACUAAGUCUGGGCACCCUGACCAGGUGGACUGGGGUGGGAGUCAGUGAAAGAGAGAGAGCUAGGAAGAGAGAAAGUAACAAGGAAAAUAGCAUAGGGAUUUUGCCUAAGAGGUUAUAGAGAGUUGCCAGUGGGUAUGAAGACACACACUAAAUUUUGGGUACCUCAGAGAGCAGUGUGUUUGAGCAUGAAUGUGAUUAUGCAAUCCUGAAAUGAAGUUUGCAUACAUUUGACAGGAUAUUAAAGUGGAAGCCUAAGAAGAGUUGGGAUUGUACACUUCAGUUAAACUUAGAGUUGUCCUGCAGGUGUUACAACAGUACGUUACUUGAUUACUGGACUUUGAAUGUUAGAUUUGUAUUCAGGAAGUCAGUGUUGUGGCUUUCUCUGUGCUCCUGGAGCCCCAUGAGGGCCCCGGCUGUGGAGGCCUGGCUGGGAGAUGAAGCCGUCCCCCCUGCUGCUCUAGCAGCUCUGUGGGCCCUCAUGGCUCUGGAAGGCCGCUGUCUGCGCCCUGCCUCACCCACACCGGGCCAACGCAGGGCCCAACGUCGCCGCACACGACCCGGAGCACCACGAGACGAUCUGUCCCACCUCACCGCAGACCUCCUAGCGCGGACUCACCUUCAUGGAUUGCGGCAUGUUUGCACCCCGUCUAACUCUCUCAGCCGCCGGGCCUUUUGGAUGCUAGCCUUCUGUACUUGUCUGGGUCUUCUGUUGUCCUGGUCCUCAAAUCGGCUGCUUCACUGGCUGGACUUCCCCACUCACACAAGAGUCCACACAAAGUGGGCGAGAGAACUCGCUUUUCCCACGGUUACCAUCUGCAACAAUAACCCAAUACGUUUGUAUCACCUCACUAAGAGCGAUCUGUACUUCGCGGGUCACUGGCUCGGACUGUUACUGGCCAACCGCACAGCCAGACCCCUGGUGCUGGACCUGCUUCAAGAUGACAGUCAGGCAUGGUUUAGCAAGCUGUCAGAUUUCCGUCUUUUCCUGCCUCCACGGCGCUUUGAGGGCACCAGCUUGGAAUUCAUGGACCGACUGGGCCACCAGCUGGAGGAUAUGCUACUGGCCUGCAAGUACCGUGGAGAGCCCUGUGGAGCUCACAACUUCUCCACUGUGUUUACACGCUAUGGGAAAUGUUACAUGUUUAACGCUGCCGAAGAGGGGAAGACUUUGAGGACUACAAUGAAAGGAGGCACAGGGAAUGGCCUGGAGAUCAUGCUGGACAUCCAGCAGGAUGAAUACCUGCCUGUGUGGGGAGAAACAGAAGAGACCGCAUUUGAGGCAGGAGUGAGGGUGCAGAUCCAUAGUCAGGCAGAGCCUCCCUUUGUACAUGAGCUGGGCUUCGGAGUCGCCCCAGGCUUUCAGACCUUCGUGGCUACCCAGGAGCAACGACUGACAUACCUUCCUCCUCCAUGGGGUGAGUGUGUGACCAGAGCCCUGGAUUCAGGCCUCUUUCAGGUGUACAGCGUGUCUGCCUGUCGCAUUGAGUGUGAGACACGCUACAUCAUCGAAAACUGCAACUGCAGAAUGGUCUACAUGCCUGGUGAUUCUCCGUACUGCACUCCUGAACAGUAUAAGGAUUGUGCUGAACCUGCGCUGGCUGCUCUGUCAGCUGUUGAAGGCACAAGCUGCAUCUGCAGGAGCCCCUGUAACAUGACUCGAUACAACAAAGAGCUUUCCAUGGUCAAGAUCCCCAGUAAAACCUCUGCUCGCUACCUGGAGAAGAAGUUCAACCGAUCAGAGAAGUACAUCACGGAUAAUAUCCUAGUUCUGGAUGUGUUCUUUGAGGCUCUGAAUUAUGAGACCAUAGAGCAGAAGAAAGCAUACGAGGUGGCGGGUCUACUAGGGGAUAUUGGUGGUCAGAUGGGCUUGUUUAUCGGUGCAAGUAUCCUGACCAUACUGGAGCUAUUUGAUUAUGCAUAUGAGGUAGUGAAGGAGAGACUGCUGGACCUGCUGAACCGAGAGGAGGAGGAAGAGAGUCAUGGAGAGGAUGUGAGUACCUGUGAUCCGGUGGUAAACCACUCAGAAUCGAUUAGCCACACGGUCAGCGUUCCCCUCCAGACCACCCUGGGCACCCUAGAGGAGAUUGCCUGCUGAGCACCGUAACCUCUCCACACCAACAGAGGGAGCCGGGCCACUCCACUCCAAUGGGUGAAGGACAAAGUAAAACGAGGGAAAAGUCUCUGUUGCUUUUUCUCAUCAUGUUAUCUUUUUGGCAGAAACAUGAGACCUAGAAGUCAAGAAGCUUCUCAAGGAACAUGAGGACCCCAAAGUUUCUCACAAACACCAUCUGUUUGUUCUGGACUCAUGAAGGAAAGCAGAAGCUUGUGAAACCUGUCUGGACAGUCCCUUGUAAAAAUAAAACAAACAUGAAAACACGAGCAUGUGAGGAACUGCAGAUGCGCACAGCCUCGGCAUGUUCUCGCGUCCUCUCUUUCUCCCUGUGCCAGACGCCAUUUUGAAGUCUACUGCCAAAACACUGUAAAUUAUUAACGGAUAAAAUGUUGCGAAGCUGUUCUAACUGUGCAUGUGUCAGUUUCAUGUGUUACAAUAGUUUUCUCAAACUUUUCAUCCUCUCUCACGUGUGGAGACAGUUUUGUCUUCUUGUGCUGUUUGUUUGCUAUGUGUUUCUACAUCUCACUUGGCUUCUUGAUGUAUCAGGGAUGCAUCAUAAAACUGAGAGACCAUUUCUUCUUUCCUUUUUUUAUUUUUUUAUCCUUCAUAGAAAAGCCAAAUGGGUCACGGUACAAUGGCAGCCAUUAUGAGCCCAUUGUGGCUGUGAAUGGCUCUUCUACAUGCUUUCUGAAUCCCAUUUGAAAAAUUAAGAACAGAGAGUACAAAAAAAAGUGUUUUUGUCGCUUUCUGCAUAAGAAUAUAGUCAUGCAACUAGCGAUUUUCAUUUUGUUACGUGUAAGAGGUGUUAAUUUGUAAUUUAAAGCUGAUAUUAGAAAAACUGAUAUGAUCUUUCAUGCUUCUAAUUCAUAGUUGAGAGAUACAUCAGCACUUUUCAGAGAUUUUUUGGCAAGGAUCAUAAUUUCCCUUUCCCAACUAUCGUAAGUGGGAUGUUUUCGAACAUUAAAGGAUUUAGAGGAGUUCAUGGUGGUUUAUUAUGUGAGUUGACGCCUGUAAUGUUGUCUAUGUCUCAUCUCAUCUCCUCAUUUCAGAGCUCUUCAUCUUUGCUGGGGUUAAUUAACAUUGUAAUUGUCAUAUGUUAUCUGAUAUUUACUAUGUUCCCACGGUGUUCUUUGAUGAUGGAUGAUAGACAGCUCAAAGGUGUGAUUAUGUUCUUGUCUGCUCAUGAACUAAAUGUGAGGUUCUUGUUACACUAUACAUCAGUAUGAAUGAAACCUCAACUGACCCAAUCAUUCUACAACAUGUACAGUGUUUCAGCCAAAAUUCAUUAACUGAUGCCAAAUCAUUCGUUCUGAAAAUAAUGAAAGGAGGGUCAGUUCUGGGUGACGAGAGUGAGCUUGAUUGCAUUUCUCAAUUUAACACCCUUCAAUAUUCAAUUAAAAAAUAUUGACCGACACAAAUUUCAGUCACAAUAUGAAAAGCACGAAUUAGAGCUUGUGUGUUAAAACUGUAGGUGAAUCUUUUGAACAAAUUGUUCAUGAAGGCCACUGGCUGACAAGAAAUUUGUUGAGAAGCUCUUAGAAUCUACAUAUAAAAAAGGUAUUUAAUCUGGUUUAAUAAAACCAGGCCUUCACACAUGACCUAGGGCCCCUUUGUCCAAUCAGAUUUGAGCUUAAAGGAUUUCUUAGAAGAUUAUUAGUAAUUAUUUUCAUGCCCCCUUCUGGAGCAACAGUAUUAAGAGGCGUGAUUUGCACCUAUAUCAUAAUGCAAAAUUUAUUAAACAACACCAUUAUAAACAUUAUAAUUUUUCACAAGGAAUAGAAUAAUGAAUGUGUGCUAUGGGUUGUUUGUGGCAUAUGAGAGGGCCAUGUGAUUGUGUUACUACAGACACAUGUUGCUUAAUGUGUGUUAUAUUUUAUUCUAUAAAUAUAGUAGGUAAAAAAAAAGAAGCAAAUAUCCAGUCUGAACAGUUUUCUGAUUUGCAAAGUAUCCGUGACUGAAUGUAAAUGUUUUUAGUUGUUUUAUUUGCAAUUCAAUUUGCUAAUCAAAUGUAAUGGGCUUUAGAGGAUGAAUGUCUUAUCCUUAUUUGCCCUAAAAUCUGAUGAUUUAUUCUAAAUAUGUCAAAGAUAAAGCUGUAAACCUCAAGGUUUCAAGCACAUGCAUAGAAGAAAAAAAAAACAAACAAACAUGUACACACUACAAACGCAGAAACCCACAGCAUCUGUCCAUACAGUACUUACACAACAGUAAAUUAUGAAGUUACUCAUAAUGUUAAACAGUAAUUUUAGUGAACUCUUACUUGCCAUGCAGACAAACACCAAAGGGGUGUCACAUCACCUUUGCUAUUUUCUCAUUAGGAGAAACCUGAGGAGUUGAGGGUUUCUAACUCCAAUGUAUAAUUGCUCCAGUACCUCAGACCUUAGAGAUGAAAACAAUAAAGUCUACAUGGAUUACA